AUGACUGUCAAUUUGGAUGACGAACUGUUCACCAGUGCCAUCUCCGGAUACCACGAAGCCUUUUUGGUCCAACACUCCCACCUCCCGGAAUAUGAACGAAAUCAGCUCUGGAUUGAACGGCUGAGUCAGUUCAUCCCGGCCAACGACCGGGAUACCAACUGGCAGCCAGCUGGGAGCCUGGGGAAACGGAAUCGACAGGAUGCGACACCACGGACGUUGCCAUGUUGUGAUUUGGGUCUUCCUCAGGCAAAACGGAGAGCCACCACCCCGGAUCUCUCAGUCGAUUGCCCACGCGACCUCUCCUACGCCUGCCCCGCAGACCCACCUCGGAACGGCGCUGCCUUCGCGGGACAAGACUCCUACCGACACACGCCGAUGGUGCGCUCCCAGAGCCAGCAAAUACCGGUCUCCCACCAGCACCAGCCCACCGGUGCCGCCAUAGGUAAACGCCAAUCCUUCGGCCUGGUACGGACCCAUCGCCUCGACCAUGUCGACGAAUUUUCGCCAUCCGACUUCGCAAAGUAUUUGGACGUUCCUCCCAGUCAACCCUGUGACUCGGCGUUGACUUUCGGACUCGCAAAUCAUGGACAACCCGGACCUUUCCCUCAAUACCCUGACCGGACGUCCCCCUGGACCGACCAGGCCCCAGCAGCUGCGCCGGAGAUGUCCCGCAGCACGACCGCCGACUCCUUAGUCGGUGGAAUCAACAUGAUCCGCUUCGACUCGACCGGACCAGCUCAGUAUCAAGAACCGACUGACUCCGUGCCGCCAGACUGGGUGCCUUCUACCUCCGGCCUGCCGUAUCAAGACUCCUUUCUCUCCCCCGUGUACCCUGACCUAGAUCCCACAUCGUCUUCCCCAUUCUCCCAUUCCCCUUUCUCUCACCCAUCGUCCUUCUCCAACCUACCAUUCUCAGCAUCCGCUCCCCCAGCCGCCUCCUCUCGUUACCCAAUGCCCCACAAUCGCCUCCUCUUCGACUGCAUCGACGGCCAUACCCUGGCCUCACAGCGCUCCCGGGCUGUGCGACGCACCAAAGAGCAAAUCGCCCAGGCCGCGCGCCGCAUUGCUCCAAAGGUCGAGUCUGUGGCCAGCAGCAUGUCCCAGAUUGACAACCACAAGAUGGUCCGCAUCUCCUCGGCAGACGGCACAACAAAGGAAGUCGCCGCUAUCCCCAAGGCCUCCGUGCGACGGCCCCCGCGACCAAAGACAUACUGCCGCAUCUGCACGGACCAUCCGGACGGGUUCCACGGCGAGCACGAGCUGCGCCGCCAUAUCGAGCGCGUGCACGCUUCCGUCCGCACGGUCUGGGUCUGCCGUGAUAUCUCGCCUGGCAAGUACUUCCUUGCAAAUUGCAAGGCUUGUCGCAAUGGGAAGCGCUACGGUGCCAAUUACAAUGCCGCUGCACAUUUGCGCCGCACGCAUUUCAAUCCCUGUGAGCGGGGCCGCGGGGGCCGUGGGAAAGACAGUGAGAAGCGCGGCGGGAAGGGCGGAGGUAAUCAGCCCGGCAUGGAUGUUUUGAAACAUUGGAUGGUUGCCGCAGAGGAAGUCACCGAGGCGGCUGGCGAUGGCACCAACUCGAAGCUUCUGAUCCGGAAUCCCACGCAUCUUUCGACUAGGGACCCUGGGUAUCAACUUGCUGUUGCUGCUUGUGGCCUGGUUGAGGGUCAGCCUCCUUAUGUUGUGGAGUCCGCUCCGCUGAAGGAGUCUGACCAAUUCCCCGAGUUUCCCGAUGUUCCGUUUGAGUUCGAUUUUGAGAUGGAUCUUGAUCUCGACCUCGACCUCGACAUCGAGGAGUCGGAAGAUUCCUCAUUAUCCGGUUCGCAGGCAUCCUGCACGCCUGAUACUGAUUCAUAUCUCAAGUGA